AUGGGGGUAAUUGCAUAUUGGGUGAAUGUUUUCCGGCUGCCUCAACAGGUUAUCGCUUCUCUGGAAAGGCUGAUGGUACACUUUCUGUGGCUGGGUAAUGCAGAUAAGGGGUCUUAUAAGGUUUCUUGGAAGGUGGUAUGUAAGUCAAGAGAGGAGGGUGAUCUAGGUCUGUGCCGGCUGGAUGAUUGGAACAAGGCAGCCCUGAUGUGCCAAAUUUGGAAUGUGGCUUCUAAGUCAUCCAACUGUUGGACUCAAUUUAUUCAGCAUAGGUGGUUGAAACGACACUCAAUCUGGUCCUUGACAUGUCCUACACAGUGCUCUUCUUCCUUCAAGGCCAUUUUAGAAACCCGACAGAUUGCCAGCUUAAGUGUUCGCUAUCUUAUAAAAAAUGGUGAGGGUACACUCCUAUGGUAUGAUCCAUGGUUGCCCAAUGGACCAUUAACAAAGGAGGGGUGUGAAGGGUUUUUGGUUGCUGAGGCCCUUGGAAGAAGGCCUUUUGACAGUGCUGCUACACUUUUGAACACUGAGAAUCAGUGGGAAAUGCCUAAUGAGUAUCCAGCCUUAGACGCUAGAUGGAACGAGAUCUCUGCUACUAAGAUAUGCUAG